AUGGCAAUAUGGUCAAUUAUCUCAUCUGCAUUGCUUCUGCUGGGACAGAUCCCUCAGGUGACAUCUUCUGAUUCCACGGGCUUGCAAGAAGUGUUCCAGGUGUAUCAACCGGUGUCAUUCACCACCCAUGGGACCAGUGGCUGCGAUCUUGAUAUGUUGUUGAUGGAUCAUGAAUUUGGCUAUAGCUACGGUGUUCCAUACGUCGGUAAGAUCAACAUAAGUCUUGGGACAUCUCAUGAGUUGACUCUUAUCCACGAGUGUCUAGGGAACUACAAGCCCCCCAGCUGUAAAUUCGACACUGUCCACAUGAACAUGACAGUCACGUCUCGUGGUCAUCAAUAUGACCGGCUGGCUAUCAUGUAUCUGGGGGACACAGAGGUUUUCCGGACUUCAACUGCUGAACCGACUUCAACGGGGAUUGUGUGGACCUAUAUAAAGGAAAUGUCUCAGUACAAUUCCUUAUGGCAUGAACCACAGAAGCUGAUUUUUGAUCUGGGGAACAUCAUUACGGAUGUUUAUACUGGCCCAUAUAAUGUGACCCUAACGGCUCAUUUCUCAUACGAGAACAAUGCUAGAACCGCCGACAUUAUCCUUCCACUUUCAGCUAAGAAAUCGUCGUCCAAUUCUUCCAGCGUCUUCACCGUGCCAACGGAUAAUACGACCGUAUCUUACAAAAUCCCGAAUGCAGCAUCGCGUGCUGUGGUUUCAAUCUCAGGGUGUGGGCAGUCCGAGGAAGAAUUCUGGUGGUCUAAUGUCUUCAGCGAGGACUCGGAAGAUUUUGAAGAUACCGUGGGUGAACUAUACGGGUACUCGCCGUUCCGGGAGAUUCAGCUUUAUAUUGACGGAAUACUUGCGGGCGUUGUCUGGCCUUUCCCCAUAAUUUUCACUGGAGGCGUGGCACCAGGAUUCUGGCAUCCUAUCGUUGGUAUCGAUGCUUUUGAUCUUCGACAGCCAGAAAUUGACAUCUCGCCAUUUUUACCGUUGAUUCAAGAUGACCAGGAGCAUGCAUUUGAGAUCAGAGUCACCGGUCUCAAUAUCUCCAGCGAUGGCACCGCGACGCUCGCAAAUACCGUAGGCUCGUACUGGCUCGUCACCGGGAACAUUUUCCUCUAUACGGAUGACAAAGAUACAGCUUUGGCCACUGGAGACAGCACUGCCCCCUACGUGGAAAUACCCGAGCCAAAGUUUACCAUAGCUCGAGACUUGACACAGAAUGAGACCUUGUCAUACUCGGUUGUUGCAGAGAGGACAUUCAAGUCUACUUCCUCCAAGUAUGUCUGGUCACAAAAACUCUCAUACUCCAACUACGGAUAUGUCAACCAAGCCGGGUAUAGUCAAGUCAAUACGCAGCUCACGACAGGCAAAAACACCAUCACCAAACUUGGCAAGGAUUCGAGCUCGAAUGAAACCACCUUCAGUUAUCCUCUUCUGGUUAACGCAACUUAUGGUCUUACAUCCACCUCGGAGUCCAUUGAAUCCUGGAUGAAGCGUGGUCUUGAGAUUGAGUCUACUGGUGGUCCAGGCAUAUCCACUUAUACCCUGACUUCUGGGCCUUCGCGGCUUUCCACAACUCAAUCUGGAACAGCGUACUAUGAGGCCGUCUCGGGGAAAAACACAACCUCCACUGGCAGUACACUCGAUGAGUUCCAGAGCAUUGCGAAUGGAGUAGAAUAUUCAAGAACAGUUCGGUCAAGUGGGGGAAAUGUUGAGUCUGACAGUCAAUCUAGCAGUGGAGAUGGAUCUUUAUAUCACAGCACAGGUCUGGGAAGAGGCAGCGUGAGGAGUAUGCUAGGUAGAGGGCCAGGCAGCCCUGCAGCCUAG